AUCCGUCGGUGGAACCCACGCUCGUAGUCUUCAUAACUAACUAGAACGAUCCACAAUCGAUUCGAUCGCAAAUCUUCACGGUGUUUUUAUAAUUCGAAAAAAUUACAGUGUUUUUUUAAUCAAGAAAAACAAAUUACACGUGGAUAUAUGUGUGAUAAUUAAAAUUGUGCAGUGAGAAAAGUGCGCAAAGAAACAAGACUCUUGGAUUCUUCAAGAUGAAGGCCGCGCUACUAGGCGGAAUAUUAUUCUGCAUAACCCUACCUUUAAUAUCAGGUUUGGAUCUUAACGAGCUCAUACAGGUCGCACAGUGCAGAUCAAUGUGUUUGCGAAAUUUUGGUAUCUUCGACAAAUGUGAGGACAUCAAGAUAAUUGGGACCAGAACUUCGUGUCGCAGGUGCUGGGACAUCUGUGAAAGUUUCGGUUCUUUUCAAAACAAAGAAAGAGUCAAGAAAUGCAAAUUACAUUUCCAAAUACUUAUAAAUGACUGGGCUUGGAAUGUGGUCUGCAAAUUUUUUCUCACACGUGAAACAGAGGAAGAAAAAUAUGAAUUGAUCAAGUUACCGGCUCCUGAGGAGGACAAUAUUAUCAGAAUGAAUAAGAAUGAUGUGGCCAUAAAAUUAAACAAAAAUCAACAAGGAACGUGGAUAAUAAACAAUUUGUUUACUACAAAUCAUGAGCUUGAAAUGAGACCAGGCGACUGGAUUAUCAUCACCAAUGACAAGGGAACGAUCAAACAAUACAGUUGGGAAAAGUGGCAGCCUACAUUAGAGUCUGGCACACAAAACGGUUCCCUGUUUGAAAUUAACAUUUCGUGGACAGACUGGCAGGCCCAAUUGAAAAAGCAACGGGAAAAAGUUGAUCUAUUUAAUAAGGAUAAGGUCUCUUUGGAACUUCGAAAUAGAACAAAGGCACAAAAUAAAACAUUCGUCGUCACUUGGCAAGAAAAAACGGGAAACGGCAUUAUGGGCAACCAGGUAGCAGACAGCGAAUCGGCGCAGAUUUCUGUACCACCCGGCAAAUAUUUGGUGAGAAUAGCCAGUAAUGACGGUCCCGGUAGCUAUUCAAUCCUUAUCGACACCAAUGAUAUAAUAAAAUGCCGUUUCCCCGUUUGGCCGAUCAUAUUGCUAAUAGGAUUUUCCGUAAUAACAGUAAUUAGUGUUGUGGUAAUUGCGUUAAAACUAAAGGACAAAAUUCAGAUGAUAAGGCUCAACAGAAAAAAGAUGAAAACAAACAAAAACAAUAACGUGCCGCCGAUAAGCUUCACACAAAGUACACUUUCUUUUGGAACAAGCUCUUCUAAAAAUAAUUAUUAUUCAGCUAUCUAUUCAAGUGUGGAUGAGCUGAUAAAUACGAAAAAUCCUGAAGAGGUACUUAAACAGAACUCAAAUAGUGAUACCAGUUCAAGUAUGCAUGAAACGAUUAAGAGUAGAUCCUGAACAGAUACUCUAACAGUAAUCAAAUAAUGAUACCAGUUUGAAUAUGUGUGCCCUUCCAUAACGCAAAUGGGCAUGAUGUAAUCGAUCUAAAAUAAGAGUCGAUCGCGAACGUGAUUUAGGCGUAAAGAAUCCUGCUACGAAUUUUCUCGCCUAACUCGGCAAGGACAGCUCAGGGAUUUUAUUGUUUAUCAGUGAGAAAGCGCUGUCUUCCGCGUCUGAUAACAUGAAAAAUAUAAAAGAUAAAUGAACGAAUAUUUUCCUUUAUCACAUAAUAAUAGAUAAAUCAUCUCGACAUUGCUCUUUUUUUCGUUAUAAGUUUAGUAAUACCUAUAUUUAAAAUACGAUAAUAAGGAUUUUUUUUGUUUUAAAUAAGGACAAGUAAAAAUAAUUUGAUUAAUA